AUGGCGACCCCCUCUUUCCUGCGGAGGGAGUCCGUGGAAUCAUGGAACUGGAUCAAGAACAGCACCCCCAAACUGCCCCCUCUGGACGCCAUUCGGCUUUCCGCUGUCCUGGAAGACUGCACGGACCAGCUGACCAUCCUCGGCUGCAUCAUGCCCGUCUCCUACGAGGGAAGGAAAGACGUGGAGGAUCUCAACGAACGAGGCAUGCAGGACAUCCUGACCAGCCAGCAAGAGCUGAGUGCGAAAUACAGGCACCUCAUGGACAAGAGGGCCGAGAGCCUGGGUAAGAUUCCCGUCGAGCUGGGCAAAGUGGCGGAAAUUCGGUGGCAGCUCUUGGACACCAGCUCUGACCUGAAGCGGUCCAACCAUCUCUUCACCAUGGCCACCAGGCAGAGCGUUCUGUCCACAGAUGUCCUUCAGAAGGUUCAGGCGGACAGGCAAUACUCGAGCAACGUGCUGGAAGGCACCAUGGAUGAAAUGCUGAUGCUGAGGACCUUCCGCACCCUGCAGUUGGCCGUGACAAUGGAAAGGGACAAGAAGACCAAUCUUCAGAACCUGGUCCUCAG